AUGGCACGCCGUCGGAAAACACCGAAGGAGGCGGCGCCUGCCAUUUCACCAACUGCCAUUACACGCAGCGAGAGCCCUCUAUACAACAUGGCCUUGUCGCGACAGCGGCUGGAGAGAGAGGGCUUUCGUCCUCUGGCAACUCACCAGAGCGUACAGGAGACAAUCGAGUCCUGGGAGGCCACUAUUAAAAGUCAAAUACGCGCCGCCGACGAUGACCACGACCGGCCUCGGCAGAUGACGAGGGCAUUUCUCAUCCUCCGCGAGGAGCCGGAGCUGCGACCAGAGAAGCAGCACCAGCACCAGCACCAGCACCAGCACCAGCCCGACGCGGUCGACUUCGAGACCAUCAUCACCUCGCAGGGCAUCGGCCCUCUCAUCCUCACGCACGUCUUCGCUGGCGGCCACCGGGACGCGCUGAACCUCGCGCUGACUUCGAAGCGCACCUGGGUCGUGCUGGCCGCGAGCGUCAACUACUACGACUUCUACGCCGGCCGUCAGCAGAACCUGGGCCUCGCGGACGUCCUGGUCUGCGGCGCGCCGCGAUUCACGCUGGAGGAGAUGAUGGCCACGCACCGGGAGGACCCCUACGGGUUUCGGGAGGCGACGGCGGCGACGGCGCCGUUUACGGCCUGGCACAACGCGGCCAUUUCCCGCGAGGAAGACGCCAUCAACACGCUGUUCGCGGUUCGAAAGAGACUCAGCGUGGGGCCGGAAGAGACACCCAGGUUUCUGGAGGAGGCCUUCAAGCCGGAGACGCUGAAUACAAUCCGAAAGAUCAAAGAUGUCAAUAGCAUCUUCAAAGCGAACCAGUUCAACUCCCAGCCGCCGCAGUCGAUCUUUGAACCGCAGAUGAUCUUCUCAGCGACUCGCCUACAACUUUUACUUAUCAAUAUUUUUAAACAGCGUAAAAGUCUGCAAGUCCUCCAUUUUCACAAUACUCCGUUCUUUGACCGACGGAUUCUGGCCAUUGUGCUACGAGCCUGCCCUUACAUCGUCACGCUGGGGGUGUAUAACUGCCCCUUGAUUCAUCUUGGGGACGUGAUUCCGCUGCUGGAUUUAAUCUACGAAAUUAACAGCGAACGCCGACGAAAGAACACCCCGCUGAUAACGUCGUUCGACUUUUAUCCUAGCUUUCACCAAGGAUUGGCUGGCUCAGGCCGCAACGAAUCCGUAUACGGCCUCACGGCCGACUGUCUGGACCGAGAUAUUGUCCAGAGAGGCGUCUACGCCAUUUUGCUCAAAAGUUUUCUGAAAGCACGUCAAAUGAAGCUUCGCCUGCUCUUCGAGCCCAGACAAUCACUUCGGAAGUUUCUAUCACGCCUACCCAAUCCGGCGCUAAGCAUCCCGACGUUCUUUGACGGGCUUUCUCGAUACCUGGAGAACGGGCCUCAAAAGAGGCAGGCCCUUUUCGACCUGACGAAGCCAAUUCGGCUAGGCAUCGAGCCGAAUCUUGAAGAUGACAGACAUUACCGGGAUGAAAUGGGUAAGUAUCUCCCCUUUUGCAGCUCCUGCGGCUACGAAUUACUAUACGAAUUUUUCCCUGCCGGUGUUCGCGGGAACCCUCCAGAGCUGCGGGUGUGCGCAGGCUGCAACCUUCAGGACCUACUAGACCAGCAACAGCCCGAUAUGCGAGAUUGGAAGGUUGGUCUGCUAGGUAAGCUCAUGGAACCAGGGUGGGAUGGCAGGGCCUUCAAUGCCGACGCGCCCACGAGCGGCGAAAGCGAAGCACCAGAGAACGAUCUGAUGAGGCUCCGAACCACGGUGACGCUGCGAACCGACCCGUCACCUAUCCACAUUGGAUCGAACGGCGAGCUCGUGCCUACGCGCUACAUCAUUCAGCUCAUCCGGGACAAUAAGUGCCCGGAGGACUCCUUAAGGAACCUGCCAUCGCUGCGAGACCUGGCCGAGGACCUCGGCGAACGGUGGGGGGACCUGUUCAACCACUGCAACCGAGCAGACACGCACGCGCGUGCCCGAAGGAGGCUCCGUGAUGAGGCGGAGGUCGAAGCGAAGGCCAAGGCUGAGGCCCUUGGGAGGCCCUUGACGAGGCGCCCCCACGACUACUACGGGGAGGUCUGGCGGCGGAAGAGGCACGCCCAGGAGGUGCAGACGUUUAAUUACUGGACGGCGGCGCAGUUCCACCUAGCCCUUGAGCGCAAGGGCUGGUGA